AUGUCAGAAGAAGUAAAUAACACCUUAAUAAUCAUAGCAGCUGUGGAGUUUUCAGUGGGGAUCUUAGGAAAUGCAUUCAUUGGACUGGUAAACUGCAUGGACUGGAUGAAGAAUAGAAAGAUUGCCUCCGUUGAUUUAAUUCUCACAAGUCUGGCCAUAUCCCGAAUUUUUCUAUUGUGUCUAAUAAUGUACGACUCUGUUCUGUUGAUGCUGUAUCCAGGUGUCUUUAUCAGCAGUCAAGAAUUUAGAAUCUUUGACUUCUUUUGGACACUAACCAACCAUGUGAGUGUCUGGUUUGCCACCUGCCUCAGCAUUUUCUAUUUCCUCAAGAUAGCUAAUUUCUUCCAUCCUCUGUUCCUCUGGAUGAAGUGGAGAAUUGACAAGAUGAUUCCUAGGAUCCUGCUGGUGUGCUUGGUCCUCUCUGUGGUUAUUAGCCUUCCCAUCACUGAGGAUCGGAAUGAUGAUUUCAGACUUUGUUUCAGGGCAAAGGGGAAAACAAACUUAACUUUGAGAUGCAGGGUCGAUAAAGCUCAAUAUGUUUCCAUCAAGGUAUGUCUCAACCUGUUAACACUAUUCCCCUUUUCUGUGUCCCUGAUCUCAUUUCUCCUCUUGAUCCUCUCCCUGUGGAGACACACCAGGCAAAUGCAGCUCAGUGCCACAGGGUUCAGAGAUGCCAGCAUAGAAGCCCACUUGGGAGCCAUGAAGGCUGUCAUAUCCUUUCUCUUGCUAUUCCUUGUCUACUAUUUGUCCUUUAUCGUAGCCACCUCCACCGAGUUAAUAAUAGAGUCUGACUUAGCUGUGAUGGUUUGUGAGUUUAUAGCUCUCAUCUAUCCCUCAAGCCAUUCACUUAUCCUAAUUCUGGGGAACAUUAAAUUAAGACAAGCAUUUCUAAGAGUGCUAUACAAAGUAACGUAUAUCCUGAAAAGAAGAAAUGUUUAA